GUCUCUGCUGUUGUUUGUCAGAUCAUCAUUGUAGAGAGAGACGGUUGCGGAGGCAGCGGGGACCGACCGACCGAAACCUCUGGCAGUGUGCGAGGCACCGACCGGGAGCGGACGGCUGACUGUUAGUCGGACUGACGGUUGACAGCAGGCCGUCGACGCGCCGCGCGUGAGGGGGACUCGGAGAUGGGACACGCUCGUGCGUUGUUGGCACCGCUGCGCAUCGCCACGAAGCCAGCUUCACGUUACCGAUGCGUUGCUUUCGAUUACCUGCAGCCUGCAGCUCGGAGCGCUUAACAAGUUGAACGGGCUGAAGGCAGCUGACCUGCCCGCACUGACAGUCCUGAUAUUUCCAUCCGGACCUGGUGGUAUGAGCGGCUCCGGGAGACGCUGAUGGAGCUCCAGGAGUUGGGCUGGCUGUGUCUGGUGGCUCUCUUCCUCGCCUCCUUGCUCAUCGUGCUGGGAUGGCUGCUCCAGUACUCGCUGACCCUCCUGCGGCUGCGGAGAGCCAGGAAGACAGGAGGGGAUCCGGCCUGGCUGCAGGAGCAGGUGCCCCGCCACAGCCUGGCCGGAGGUGUGUGGGGCUUCCUGUUGAAGAUCCGCGCUGGCCGGGAUGGAGGACGUGCAUCUGAGGCUGGGGUUAAAGGCUUGCUGACCUCCCUGUUCUCCUUCAAGUCCUUCAGGGAGCACUGGCAGAGGAGCUGGGUCAAAGCCCUGAAUGAGCAGGCGUGCAGACAUGGGAGCUCCAUCCAGAUCACUUUUGACAGCAGUCUCCAGUUAACUGCUGCCUCUGCAAUUGAUAGUGUGACCUGCACUGACCAAUCGGCACAUCGAAUGGUUCUACACUGUAAAUGUUGGGUGGACACGGUGUCAUUUCCUGUGACGGUCACCCAGCAGUCACACGCUGCUGUUUCCAUGGACACCUAUCAGAUCACUAUAGCACCUAUGGUGACAAAGGUGGUGGUGGGUCUGGAGGAGGUCGAGGACGAGGGCCUGCUCAUCUCCUGGACUCUCUCCAAGCAUCCAUCAUUUACUCUGACCGUGUCCCCGUGCAAGCUGCAGAGAAAGGGCACUGAGAGUGGGGCAGACCUGGACAUGAUUAAGGGACUGAUAGAGGACACUCUGUUCAGCACUCAGCCAGCCAUGGUCCUCAAUCUCAAGGCUUGUGCGUCCAGUCCCUUGGCCCCCAUGGAUCAUCUGUCGGUGGGAUUAAACUCUGUCCCGCAGAGCAUCUUGGUGAGACGACUCCUGCUCCGGCAGCUCAGGGUGACCUUAAAUAAAGGUCAGUGGUCUCGGUCAGGGGAGCUGUGCUGUGUCCUCAGCCUGGACCAACCCUCCACAGAGAGGACGACCCGCUUCCUGUCUGUGCCCAGCAAUGCCAACGCCCCGCUGGAAUGGAGUGAAGAAAUUACUCUGGAUCUGGGCCUAGAAACCAAAGAGCUGAAAGUGAGGCUUCUGGAGCGGAAUGGCAAAAGGGAACAAUUCCUGCCGGGCCAUGCCUCCAUCACCCUGGACCCCCGGUGCAAAGUUCCUACCGGACAGCACAUUCUGUCAAUAGGGCCUGGAUACGGCUUGGCACCAAACGCUACCGUCACAGCGGAGCUGCUGUAUGUGGAAACAGAGGAGCCUCGAAGUGCCCACAAUGCUCUGCCGCUACGCUCCUCGCUCACCCCCACCAAGAAGGUCGACGUGGACCGAACCAUCAUGCCAGACGGAACCAUUGUCACCACCGUCACCACUGUCCAGUCUCGACUCAAACUGGAUCGCAGUCCAGGUGAAUCACCUAUGCGCUCGCCAUCCAAAGUGGAGGUGACUGAGAAGAAACCCACCAUCCUGUCAGAUGGCAGAGGCAGCCCCAACUCCAGCAAGAGCAGCCGCCUGUCUAAUGGCCUGGAUCCUGUUGCAGAGACGGCCAUCCGGCAGCUGACGGAGUCCGCCGCAAAAGUAGCUCGGAAGACUCCAACGAAGAGGAGCACGCUGAUCAUCUCGGGCGUGUCAAAGGUUCCGCUCUCAGAAGAUGACUGUGCGUUAUCGAGCGGCUACGCUGCAGCCAUGGACGCAGCCAUGCAUGGCAACCAUUACGGCACCGGGCACCACCAGGACCCAGACGAGACCACUCCGUCGGACGUGUCUGAGCGCCCGUCUGUGGAUGAUGUGGAAUCAGAUACUGGUUCCACUGGUGCCUUGGAAACACGCAGCCUCAAGGACCAUAAAGUGAGCUUUCUGCAGAGUGGGUCGAAGCUACUGUUCCGCAGAAGGCAUCGAGAGAAGGAGUCCUGCCUCAGCCAGUCCCACGAGGACGUCUCCAACAUGGGCAAUAACUUUGCGGCGGUAGCGACCAGCAGCCGCAAGAAGUCCGGCAGCUUCUCCCGACGUCUCAUCAAACGCUUCUCUUUCCGCUCGUCGGGCAAAUCAAAAGGCAAAGCCCCUGCUACCAACGGAGGAGCGAGCUCACUGGAUAACUGAUUAUUACCGGUCAAGGGUAGGACAUGGCUCAUUCUGACAUUAAGAGGAUUGUUCUGUGGAUUCUGAUAUUGCUAAACCUUGUAAUAGUCCAGUGUUUGACAGGCUGAACACCCCAGGAGGGCUGUCACCUGUACAAGGACCUCUGGGGAGGGCUUUUUUCCCUCUGGAGGAGAAAUUAUUGCACCUUCAGGACACAAGUCAUGUUUAAAUCACAUCAAUGAAGUGAAAAUGUGAUCAUGAAAUCUUUUUUCUUUGGAGGAAAUCUGCUGCUUGGUGAGGUUAUAAUGAAACGUCUUGUGCCCUGUUUGAACACACACUAGAGCGUGCCCGAUGGUGUGAAUGCUCUCAAACUAUUUAAUGAUAUACGAUGCCAGUAUGAUACUAUUGGUUUGCACUUUGGACUUUGUUUUUUUUUUUUUAAUUAAUGGGUUGUAUAAAGGUAAUUUAUUAUUAUGUGGUUCUCAUGAAACAAGUGCUAUUUAUUUUACCCCCAACUGAAAAAAAAAUAUUCAUCAUGGUUGCAUUACGCUGUAAAAUAGACAUUGCUGUGUGUUUUCCCAUGAAAAUGUAAUUUUAAGAACAUAGUUUAAGCGAGUUGACAAAUUCAGUCUUAAUCCAGCUGUAAUGUCCAGUCAUUAUUGCUUAUACAUUGGUUUUUAGAAUGUUGUUCAAUGUUGUAUCUCCUGUAAGACGCAAAAAAGAUAAUAUAUUUAUUGUAUAUUUUAUUUUAUAAAUGGUACUUCUGGUGGAAUGAUGCAUUUCAGUUUACUUUGGGGAUUUUUUACCAGCCAGGAUCUCUAUCAGACACUACAAGCCAGGCAGUGAUUUAACAUUUUUUUAAUAUCUGACUUUUUUCUGUCAGAGAAGAAAAAAUUAAUUUCCUGCUUUUCCUCUUGGCUACUUUUGGCCCAAUUUUAGUCAAACGUACAUUUAAACACAUAAUAGAGACUUAGUUGACACUCAUUGACUUUUCAUUAUUGCAAUAACUUUUAUUACUGAGCAGCAAGAUUUUUUUAUUUUGCCACUGCCUCACAUUGGUUGGGUUGCAGCAAACUCUGACACGUGAUCAGCUCAUAAUCACAAACUUAACAUAACAAAAACUAUCCUGUAUGAGAAAUACGAGCAUCAUCAUACUGUAUUCCUUUUUUAAGUAAAUUCAAGUCUCACGAGUGUCGUUACGGCAACAAUCCUGCAGUCUGGUUUAAAAAAAAAAAAAAAAAGGAAUUUGGAGGGAGUGUUCAGAGGCGUUUUGCUGAGGGAUCGUGAGCAACAGGAUGACUAGACGAUGGAUUAAGAGGACACACUCAGGGCUAGGAGUGAAACUGCUACUAGCAAUUAGAAAUAUGAGGAAACCUGCUGCAUCCACAGUACCUGUAUGUAGAAAUGUACAUACAUUUUUGGACAUUUCUGUUUAGUCAGAGAGAAAGACUGACUGCAUUAAGUAUGGGACUUCAGAAAAACCAAACUAAACGACUAAGAUUUAAACUUCAGGUUUAUUUGCAAGGCUAAUAUAAGGGAUCACAGGGCUGGAGACACUGCUUCCAAAAAGGACUCUGAUGGACAGAUGUGCUUUUACAAAACUAAACCAAGUCGAAAAUGCUGAAGAAACAGAACAAAGCCACUUUGUCAAAGGCACAUUGUGAAAUCUACAUGGCUGGAAUGUGAAAAAAGAAAGCAGCAGCAAAAAUUAAAGAUAUGUAUGAUUUCUGCUAUAUUUGAAGCGUUAAAUUUAUUGCAAAUAAAUUAUUUUUGAAACAUCA